AUGAAGGAGUUAUUAUCUAUUGGUUUCAUUAGAGACAGUUAUACUCCUUUUGCUUCCCUUGUUCUUUUAGUGAGGAAGGCUAAUGGCUCAUGGAGAAUGUGUAUAGAUUAUAGAGCUUUAAAUCAAGAAACCAUUAAGGAUAAAUGCCCUACUCCUGUCAUUGAUGAUUUGCUAGAUGACUUAUUUGGGCCUUGUGUGUUUUCUAAAUGGGAUUUAAGGUUUGGUUAUCACCAAAUUAGGAUGAAGGAGCAAGACAUCCCUAAAACUGCAUUUCGAACUUAUGAAAGUCAUUAUGAGUUUUUAGUGAUGCCCUUUGGCUUAACCAAUACUCCUUGUACCUUCCAAUCUUUGAUGAAUAUUGUUUUCAGGCCAUUCUUGAGGAAAUUUUUUCUUGUUUUCCUUGAUGAUAUACUUGUGUAUAGUAAGACCUUAGAUGAUCAUUUACUUAAGGAUGCCAUUUCUAAUCCAUCUGUGUUGGCCUUACUAGAUUUUACCAAAGCUUUCACUGUGGAGUGUGAUGCUUCAAGCUUAGGGUUAGGGGCUGUUUUGAUGCAAGAUCAGAGACCUAUUGCCUUCCACAGUCAAGCAUUGAAGAGUAAGAACAUUGCUCUCCCAACUUAUGAAAAGGAAUUGCUGGCCUUGGUGGUUGUUGUGAAAAAGUGGAGGCCUUAUCUGCUUGUGGAGUACAAACAUGAUAAGGAGUAUUUGGAGGCUGAUGCUCUUUCUAGAAGGGAUGAAGAUUUGGCUGGAGCUUCCAUAGAACCUUUUGCUACUGCUGUUGGCACCUUGUGUAUGAUUUCUUUUCUUACACCAACUUGGCUUUUUGAUCUCAAGUUGUACUUAGGCCAAUUUAAUGGUGACUUAAAGGCCAAGGUGUUGCAGCAAGUCUAUAAUGGUCCUUUGGGGGGUCACUCAGGUUAUUUUAAGACUUUUCACAGGCUCAAGGGUUUCUAUUGGUCUGGUAUGAGGAAGGACUUCAAGCAAUACAUUUGGGAGUGUGAUGUUUGUCAGAAACUUAAGAAUGAGACUUGUUAUCUUGCUGGUCUGCUGCAACCCUUGUCCAUUCCAGAAAGGCCUUGGGUAGAUGCUCUCUAUAGUUAUCCUCCAUCUAGAGUUAUGGAUUAUGUGCCUGAUACCACUCAAGUAAAGGCUGUGGACUUGUUGUUGAAGGAUAGACAACAGCUUUUGUCCUUGCUCAAACACAACCUCAGUGUUGCUCAAGAGAGGAUAAAAUUGUAUGUUGAUAAGAAGAGAUUGGACAGGUCAUUUGCUAUGGGGGAUUGGGUUUAUCUCAGGUUGCAACCUUAUAAGCAAACUUUGUGUAGCAUCAAAAACAAGGGAAGUUAG